UAGUCAGCAUAAUGUGUCUAUACCAGCACAUGUGACCUAUAUAAUACAGUACAAACCACAGUGAAAACAAAGCUGAAUAUUACAUACUCCACUUUAUAUGUGGGCAACAAUAUAUAUCCUUGGAAGUCACAGAUGCACUUAUGGUCAAGAAGCAAUCACACAGGUGACUAAUGUUCAAUUCUUUGAGAAAUAGACUUGCUAAGAUCAAGCAUAAGGAAUAUGACAAUAUUGAUGGAGAUAGUAAUGAACAGGGGGACAAGACACCAAGCUCCCAGGAAGAUGUUUGUUUGGAAACAUUCACCCCCAAAGCGGAAAGAACUGAAGACACACAGGAAUUACAUCCAGACACAUUCACAGUUGAACAGGCCGUGGAUGCUAUUGGAUUUGGCAAAUUUCAAGUCAAGUUAUUUUUUGUUGCAGGUUUAGCAUGGGUUUGUGAUGCCAUGGAGAUGAUGUUACUCAGCGUACUGGGCCCCGCAUUGCGCUGUGAAUGGAAUCUGCAAACAUGGGAAGAGGCCCUCAUCACCACUGUUGUUUUUAUUGGUAUGUCAAUCAGCUCUUGGAUGUGGGGAUCAAUGUGUGAUAAAUAUGGAAGAAAAACGACCUUGAUUACAAGUUCCAUGUUUGUAUUCCAUUAUGGGCUACUGAGUACCUUCUCCCCUAGCCUUAUAUGGAUAUGGAUAUUAAGAGGACUGGUUGGGUUUGGAAUUGGAGGAGCUCCACAAGCUGUCACUCUGUAUUCAGAAUUCCUCCCAUCCACAUUCAGGGCCAAGGGUUUAGUGCUUUUUGAGAUGUUUUGGGCAGCUGGGACCUGUAUAGAGGUUGCUUUGGCUGUAAUAGUGAUGCCUACCUUGGGUUGGAGAUGGCUGCUUGGACUUUCUUCUGUGCCUGUGUUAAUUUUCAUAUUAGCAUGUUUGUGGCUUCCAGAGAGCGCAAGAUAUGAAAUGACCAAUGGUCGGCAUGAUGUUGCCUAUGCCAUUAUAGAAAGAAUAGCUAAAGACAAUAAUAAGCCCAUGCCUGAGGGGAAAUUGAUACAUGCUGGAUCUGUAAAUCCAGAACAAGUGGAAGUGAAGCGAGGAAGAGUGCAAGACUUAUUCACACCAGAUUUAAGAAUAACAACAAUAAUACUGUUGGGUCUAUGGUUUAGUUCUUCCUUCUGUUACUAUGGCAUAGCUUUAUUGACAACUGAACUAUUUGAUGAAGAAAAUCCCUGUUACAGUUCAGUAGGCCAAAAAGUUCAAGAAUCAGGCUGUUUCCUAGACUGUAAAAUGUUAUCCACAAAAGACUACCUAGACCUGUUAUGGACCACAGUGGCAGAGUUUCCAGGUCAGAUCAUCACCUUACUAGCCAUUGAUUAUUUGGGCAGGAAGAAAACCAUCGCACUAGAUUUUUUUGUCUUCUCUGUAUUUGUUUUAUUAGUCUGCACUUGUCCAUCAAGGACUGUGCUGAUAGUUUUCAUAUUUGUGGCAAGAGCUUUCAUAUCAGGUGCUUUCCAGGCAUGCUAUGUGUAUACUCCAGAGGUGUAUCCUACCACCACCCGUGCAAUAGGAGUGGGUGUAUGUAGUGGUAUGUCAAGGAUUGGUGCAAUGAUAACUCCUUUUGUGGCUCAGGUUUUAUUACGCACAUCAAUAUAUAUCCCAGUUUCUAUAUAUGGAGGUAUAAGUAUAGUUACCACCAUAGCAGCACUUUUAUUACCUAUUGAAACAAAAGGGAGAGAAAUGAAGGACACUCACUGACCUGCAGAUUGCCAUCCAUCGAGUAGUAAAUAUCAGUGACCCACACAAAAACAACUAAGACUUUUCUCA